UAUAUGUUUUCGGCAACAAUAUUUUUCUAAGAAAAGGCGACGUGCAAAGCACACACUGAAAAGUCUUACCCACACAUGUAAAACAGUGUACGCCGUGAAUUAAGAAGUGUGUAGGUUGGUUGAAAAGAAAGCACACACGCACACGCGCAUACACACAACACACAUACAAAACUAUAUGCGAAAAUCUGCAAGUUUAUCUUGCGGCUGUCCACACCCCCCUCCCGGCCCCAUAACCCUUCAAUCCGACAAACACACAGCGAGCGUGCGGACCACGAGCGCCCCGAGCCAAAAGAAAAUAUACAAUAGAAAUACAAUAAAUAAAAUUGAUUGAAAUUUCGAUAACCAGCAAAGGAGAAACAGAACACCUUUUCGAUCGAACUACUGCAACACAGUGCAAGGGCUCUCUCCAAGGACCCCCCAGCGACACACAAAUUCGAGCCCGAAGGGGCAUAUGUACAUUCAGCAGCGCAAACUCGAAAAAAAGGGCAGCGCAACAGAAGAGGAGGAAACAGCGAUACCGUCGAAACCGAGAGGCGACACCGCCUGUUUCUAGCACCAUUCAAGUCCCGAAUAAGAUGGAAAUUGAAACAGAACAAUCCAUCGAAGCAAUGGACACCCAGGACACCCAAGAGGUCGAGAUAAUCACUAGCGAUCUUCACCAGCAGCAGCAACAACAGCAGCAGCAACAACAACAGCAGCAGCAGCUCCAGAAUCAAAAUCAACAACAGAAUUCGCCGCCACAGCUGCCGAAAUUCAAAAAUCUGAUACAGCCACAAUUGCACGCGGUUGGUGGAGUCACCCAGCUGCCCAGCGAGAACGGCAACGUGCCGCCACAACAGCUGCUGGCCGACAGCAGCUCCUCAUCGUUUGCCAACGAACAGGACACAAUGUCGUUGGACGACGAGAACAAGGAGGAUCAGUUCCGUUCGGAGACCACAUUCGCCUAUACGGUCGAUAAUGUGGGACAAUUGAAAUCACAGCGUCUGUCGCCGCCAGUGUAUGUACGGAUGCUGCCAUGGAAGAUAAUGGUCAUACCGAACGACCGGGCAUUGGGCUUCUUUCUGCAGUGCAACGGUGAGAAUGAUUCGCCCACCUGGUCGUGCAAUGCCAUUGCCGAAUUGCGUCUCAAGUGCCACAAGGCAGAGUCUCAGCCGUUCACGCGUGCCCGCAUCAAGCAUUUGUUCUACUCGAAGGAGAACGACUAUGGCUACUCGAACUUCAUUACCUGGCAGGAGCUGCAGGAUUCGGAGAAGAGCUAUAUACACAACAACAGCAUUACCUUAGAGGUGCAUGUCAUAGCCGAUGCACCGCAUGGCGUACUCUGGGACUCGAAGAAGCACACCGGCUAUGUCGGCCUAAAGAAUCAGGGGGCCACCUGCUACAUGAACUCCCUGCUGCAGACGCUCUAUUUUACCAAUUCCCUGCGCCUGGCCGUCUAUCGCAUACCCACAGAGGCCGACGAUAGCACCAAGUCGGUGGGCCUCUCACUGCAGCGUGUUUUCCACGAGCUCCAGUUCGGCGAUCGUCCGGUGGGCACCAAGAAGCUAACCAAAUCCUUUGGCUGGGAGACACUCGACUCGUUCAUGCAGCACGAUGUCCAGGAGUUCCUGCGCGUUCUGCUCGACAAGCUCGAGUCAAAGAUGAAGGGCACCUGCCUCGAGGGCACCAUACCGGGCCUCUUUGAGGGCAAAAUGUCAUCGUAUAUCAAAUGCAAGAAUGUGGACUAUAACAGCACACGCUAUGAGACCUUCUACGAUAUCCAGCUAAAUAUCAAAGACAAAAAGAACAUUUACGAAUCAUUUCAGGACUAUGUCGCCUCCGAGACCCUCGAGGGUGACAACAAAUACGAUGCUGGCGUCCAUGGCUUGCAGGAGGCCAGCAAGGGUGUCAUCUUCACGUCAUUCCCGCCCGUUCUGCACUUGCAUUUGAUGCGUUUCCAAUACGAUCCCAUUACGGACAGCUCGAUCAAGUACAACGAUCGCUUCGAGUUCUACGAACAAAUCAAUCUCGAUAACUAUCUGGCCGAGGGUGAGAAGACAACAGCGGACUAUGUCCUGCAUGCCGUGCUGGUGCAUUCGGGCGAUAAUCAUGGCGGGCACUAUGUGGUCUUUAUCAAUCCAAAGGCCGAUGGGCGCUGGUUCAAGUUUGAUGACGAUGUGGUCUCCAGUUGCCGCAAACAGGAGGCCAUUGAGCUGAAUUAUGGCGGCAUGGAUGAUGAGAUCUCGUUCCAUGCCAAAUGCAGCAAUGCCUAUAUGCUGGUGUACAUCAGGCAAUCGGAACUGGAUCGUGUGCUGGGCGAUAUACCAGAGAAUGAGAUAUCCAGCGAUCUGGUGGAGCGUCUCGAUCUGGAGAAACGCAUCGAGAUGGCGCGUCGCAAGGAGCGCAGCGAGGCCAAUUUGUAUAUCUCGGUGCAUGUCAUACUCGAGGAGUACUUUGAGGGCCAACAGAAGCGUCGUCUCUUCGACUUGGAGAAGACCCAUCAGCGUCCGUUUAAGCUCAAGCAGAAUCAGACCGUUGACGAGCUGGUCGAUAUGUUUGUGAAGAGCUUUGGCGUCUCGCGCGAUCGUAUGCGCAUUUGGAACAUGUGCACCGCCCAGACGCAAAAGUUUCUCUACUUUGACUUUGAGGCGGAGGGAUCGCGCACCAUCGAACAGAUACCCACAUCACAGAAGCCGUGGGUGAUCUUUCUCGAGCUGGCACCACAGGACAGCAGCGAACCGUUGGCACCCUUCAAUCCCAAAUCAGAUGUGCUGCUCUUCCUCAAGUAUUACGAUGCCAAGAACAAGCGUCUCAAUUAUAUUGGAUGCACACAUCAGCCGCAGAGUCGACGCCUCAUCGAUCUGUGUCCGGAGGUGAACCGCAAGCUGGGCUUCGAUCUGGACACCGAGAUGACCGUCUUUGAUGAGUAUGGCGACAAAAAGAUCGCCAAUCUGAAUGAUCCCAUUGAGAGUGUGCUCUAUCUGCCGCCCGAUAAUCUGCAGGGGCACAUACUCAUCUUUGAGCGUGAGAUGAUUGACAUUAAACUGGAUCUGCCAACGGUCGAGGAAUACUUUCUGGAUCUGGUCUAUCGCAUUGAGAUUAUAUUCAGCGACAAGUGUAAUCCCAAUGAGCCAGACUUUGUGCUGGAAUUGUCCAAUCGCUAUAAUUACGAUCAACUAACCAAUGCGGUGGCCGAGCGCCUCAACACGGAUCCACAGAAGUUGCAGUUCUUUAUGUGCAUCAACAACUACAAGGAGACGGCGGGCAAUGCAGUGCCCUAUACAUUCAAGGGAACGGUCAAGGAUCUGGUCUCGUACACCAAGCAAAGCACACCGAAGCGCAUAUUUUAUCAGCGUCUGUCGUUGAGCAUCCAUGAGCUGGACAACAAGAAGCAAUUCAAGUGCAUUUGGGUGUCCAACGAUCUGAAGGAGGAGAAGGAGCUUGUACUCUAUCCGAACAAGAAUGACAACGUUAAGGGGCUGCUGGAGGAGGCGGCCAAGAAGAUAACCUUCCAGGAGAAUAGCCGCAAGAAGCUGCGCCUGAUGAAGGUCAGCAAUCAUAAGAUUGUCGCCCACUGCAAGGACGAUAUACCGCUGGAUACGCUGCUCAAGACGAAUGACUCGGCGAUCGCCACCACCCAGAGUGCACAGAAGAUCUAUCGCGUUGAGGAGGUGCCCACAGAUGAGAUGCAGCUGGCCGAGAAUGAAUAUCUGUUGCCGGUGGCCCAUUUCAGCAAGGAGCUGUACAACUCGUUUGGCGUACCCUUCCUCACCAAGGCGCGUCAUGGGGAGCCCUAUGGGGUCCUCAAGCAGCGCAUACAGAAGCGUCUUAAUGUCCCGGACAAGGAGUGGGAGAACUACAAGUUCACCGUGAUCAAUACGGGCAUCACCACUGAGGUGAACGACAACGAUGUCAUCAAUUUGGAGAAUUUCCGCACCUCGACUAGCGGACAGUUGCCCUUCCUUGGUCUCGAUCACAUCAACAAGUCACGCAAGCGUAGUUCGCUGAAUUUCUCCGAGAAGGCGAUCAAAAUUUACAAUUAAAUUGAACACACACACACACAUACACACACACAAGAAACAAGAAAGCAGAUGGAGCAGAUGGAUGGUGGUUCUGCGAGUGGAGGUGGAGGCAAGCGAGGCUAGGAGGAGGCUGCUGUAACUGGGACUGGGUCGAAAAUUGGGCGAGACGGGAAGCAAAGACGUGACGACAUCCAUCCAUCGAUCGACACGCGCCCGCCGCCCGAAAACACAAAUUUUAAGCAAAUUGUCCUUAAAAUUGUAUGCCUCCUACUCCAACUCCCACUCCCUCAAAACGGGCCCAUCACCCCCCGCCCACUUCUUCUGAACCCAAAAGUAGAAAUUGACGUGGAUUUUUUUUUAAUAAUAUUAUUUCUAAGUCAUAAAAUUUAUUUAUUAAUCGCCUCCGGUCAAUUUUUAAUAUGGUUGUCCGCCCGAUCCUACACCCAGAGUUUGCCUUCCCUCCCCCCGCUGCGGCUCCGGCCUAAACUCCAGGUCCGGCCCGAGCCUCACGGCACUAAGUCCAUGAGAAAGCUAAAAAAAAAAAAUUUAUAAAUUUACUGACUUAUUGCGCUUGCAUUAGUGACUUCAAAUUCUAGGCUAAGGCUUUUAAAGUGUGUUUAUUUAAUUAAUUUUUUUUUUCCUCUAAUUUUCUAAAUACGAUAUUCCUAAACGCGGUAAUUGUUUUGAAGUCGGAACGAA